CACGCACUGACUGGCUCUGGCUGCCUAGACGCCUAUUAAUCACAUUAAUUAAUGUUGUUAAUGUUACUUAAGUGUAGUUUGACUUUUGAAUGGUCAUACCAUACCUUACGUUGUGCCUUUUAAAAAUAAUUUUUUUUAAGUUAUACAAGAAUAGGCUACAUUACCGCGUAGUGUGAAAAUUGUGUUUUUUUUAUAGCUCAGGUUUAUAACCUAGAAUGUUUUUAUGCCAUCCAUAACCUAGACAUGUGAAGAACAACUACCGUAAUUUGUGCUUCCUAAAUAGCAUGAUGACUUGAAUCUUAAAAUAGUGUAACAGUGUAACUCUUUCUAUACCAGUGAUAGUACAGACUUAAACCAACUUUACAGCCUAUUAGAAAUAGCCAAAUCCCUUUGGUCUAGGCUAGCUUAAGUUAUAUUGUCAUUGUCACUUUGGUUUGACUCAUGAAUUAACUAUGGAGUUUGUUAUUGGUGGUUUAGCCGCUGUUUCUGCUGCAUGUUUUACCAACCCCCUUGAAGUUGUUAAAACAAGGUUGCAAUUGCAAGGGGAACUUAGAGCUAAGGGACACUACACGGUGCAUUACAGAAAUUUCUUUCAUGCAUUUUACAUAAUUGGAAAAACAGAUGGCUUAUUAGCGCUACAAAAAGGCUUAGUACCUAGUUUGAUUCACCAAGUACUCUUGAAUGGCACAAGGCUUGGUAUUUACCAGUUUGCCGAAGAAAGGAAGUGGCAUCUGAAAGACAAUGGAGAUGUUUCAUUGGCUAACACUAUUGCUAUCGCUUCUACGGCUGGAGCAAUUGGAGCAUACACUGGAAGUCCUCUUUAUUUAGUUAAAGUUCAUUUACAGUCUAAGUCCAAUGCCAGCAUUGCAGUUGGACACCAGCACACACAUGAGGGUACAAUACAUGCCCUCCGUUCCAUCUACAAGCAAGGUGGGGUCAUCGGCAUGUGGCGGGGUGCGGGGGGGUCCGUACCUCGUCUAGCCGUGGGGUCCGCUUCCCAGCUCGGAGGGUACUAUGUUUGUAAAGAGUUCCUUGAGGAAUCACAGCUACUUUCAAGUGAGAAGAGCUUACUGAAUACAACCAUGGCUAGUUUUAUGGGAGGUCUAGCUGCAGGGAUAUUUAUGACUCCGUUUGAUGUAAUUUCCACGAGGCUGUACAAUCAAGGUGUUGAUGCCCAAGGAAGAGGCUUGCUCUACAGCAGCUAUUUGGACUGUGUUCGUAAGGUUUUGGCCAAGGAAGGUUUCCUAGGACUUUACAAAGGUUUUGUGCCAUGUUUUGCUAGGAUUGGACCUCACACAGUGCUUUGCCUAGUGUUUUGGGAUUUGUUAAAAGAUGCUCAAAAAGCUAUCAUGGAAAAAUUCCAAAGCUUAGAAGUAGAUUCAGUGUAAAACUUAAGUCAGCUAGAAAUCAAUUGACUAGAAUUAGAAAGUUACCUAAUUUUGUUACCAGAGUAGAUUGGGAUUAAAAUGUAAUAGAGGCCAGUAAAAUGCAAUCUAUUGCCUAUGGUUGCAGCUGGUUUACAAAGGUAAAAGUUACUUUAUAUUUUUUACCCAAUUGCCUGAGUAUUGUAGUUAAAUAUGAUACUGGAUACUUUGUAAGGGCAAAAUCGUAUGAUCAAAUGAUUUUCAAAUAUUUAUUCCACUUUUGGAAGAUGAUAAUAUUUUACUGUUGACUGUACUUACAUGCAUCAUUUAUAUAAUGCCAAAAUGCACCAACAACAUAGUGCUAUGUUUUUUUGACUGAUUUUCAUAAGUAGUAUAUUUAAUACUGUUAUGUUUUUAAUAUAAAGGGACUUGCAUUAGGUGGGACGAUACUUGUAACUUUACUGGUAAUUUGUUGGUUGUUAGUUGUUAUAUUAGAUUUAGAAUGAAGUUAUAUUUUAUACACUGUUAGCUAAAAAUAAAUGUUUGUAAGUCAA